CCACGUCCUUUCUUUCAAUCAUUGACACUUUGCAGGUUCUUUCUUCCUUCAAGAAAUCAAAGAUUCAAACAAAGAACAAAAAAAUGGAACGACCAAGAAAAGUCCCCCAACUUAUCCUUGGAAGUAACAACCUCUCCUUGGCAGUAUCAUUUCUUGUGUUGUUGACCAUGGUUUGUAGUUGUUCAAGCGUUGGCGUGAACUGGGGAACCAUAGCCAGCCACAAACUUCCUCCUGGGAAGGUGGUUAAGAUGAUGAAGGAAAAUGGGUUCACAAAAGUUAAGCUUUUUGAGGCUGAUGAGUGGAUUUUGGAGGCUCUAAUGGGGACUAAUAUUGAAGUUAUGGUGGGAAUUCCCAACAUAAUGUUGCAAGAAAUUAGUGAGAAUCCCAAGGUUGCUGCUGAUUGGGUUGAGGCCAAUGUCACCGAUUAUUUGUAUACUGGUGGAGUCCAUAUCAAGUAUGUUGCUGUAGGCAAUGAGCCCUUUCUUGAAGCAUAUAAUGGCUCAUACACACACACCACAUUUCCAGCACUCAAGAACAUCCAACAAGCCCUCAAUGAUCAAGGUGUUGGGUCAAAGGUCAAAGCCACAGUCCCUUUCAAUGCAGAUGUCUACUUCUCCCCCGACUCGAACCCCGUCCCAUCGGCAGGUGAUUUCCGACCUCAAGUCCGCGACAUCACCAUCGAGAUAAUCCAAUACCUCCAUGCCAAUGACGCCCCUUUCACGGUCAACAUCUACCCCUUCCUCAGCCUCUACAGCAAUGACUACUUCCCACUUGAUUUUGCCUUCUUUGAUGGGACAAACUACAAGCCAGUUAGAGAUGGCGACAGGGUCUACAACAACGUUUUUGACGCAAACUUCGACACCCUCGUUGAAGCCAUAAACAAGGCAGGGUUCCCCGACAUGAAGAUCAUAGUCGGAGAAGUCGGUUGGCCAACAGAUGGUGACAGACACGCCAAUGUCAAGAAUGCGAAGAGGUUCAAUCAGGGCAUGCUGCAGCAUGCCCUCAGUGGGAACGGGACCCCGGCACAAAAAGGGAAAAUCGAGGUCUACCUUUUCAGUCUCAUUGAUGAGGAUGCCAAAAGUAUUGAGCCAGGGAACUUUGAGAGGCAUUGGGGGAUUUAUGAGUAUGAUGGGAAGCCAAAAUAUGAGCUGGACUUAUCAGGCUCAAAGAGAAAUAAAGGCUUAGUGGCUGUGGAUGGUGUGGAAUACAUGCUAAAAAGAUGGUGCGUUUUGAACCCAGAUGCUGAAUACUUGGAUGAUUUGCCUGAUAGCAUUGAUUAUGCUUGUAGUUUAUCAGAUUGUACUGCUUUGGGAUUUGGGUCUUCUUGUAACAAUCUGAGUGCCCAAGGAAAUGCCUCUUAUGCUUUCAACAUGUAUUAUCAGGUAAAUGGCCAAAAUAGUCGGAGCUGUGAUUUUUCAGGUUUGGCUGUGGUCUCAGAUAAAGAUCCUUCUGUUGGGGACUGCCAGUUUCCUGUGAUGAUUUCUCGUGGUGGUCAAAUGGGAUUUUCUCUUUUGAGUGGAUUCUUGUACAAGGUAUCUCAAUCGAAAUAUUCAUGA